CACCCGCAAAGUCUUUCAGUUCCGUCGUGUUACGUUCGCCCGUAUUACGUAACGGUUGUGGUCAUCCGCAUUUUGGUCGUUAUGACUCGCAGAGUGCUCUCGCGUUCUUAUGGUUCUUAUACUGCGAUUCGGUCCCUAGUGGUUCCUAGCAAUACGUCAAAAGUUCAAGAAAAGUCGCAUGGAAGUGCAUUUAAUUGGCCUCGCUUUUUGUCUUACUGUCCAAUAAAACGUAGAAGACUUGAUUAAAUUGUGAAAAGAGCAUUGCGCAAUACGUAAUAAUAUGGAUCACUUAGAAAUAGUGCCAGAGUGCGUGGUUAAAGUAGAAAAUGAAGGAGACAUGAUUUUUACCAUGAGUGAAAUGUCGGUGAAGAUGAAGAGUAACAUCACUCCGGGUGCAGAAUAUUCACAGCCCACAGUCAACCACUCGAAAACUGGAACGGAAAGAUAUAGUGAAAUGUGUGACGUGUUCAAUAGAGGCAACGAACGAAGGAAGAAGUUAAAUCAGACGACAGUUCCAUGGUUAAUAAAAUCUUAGAAGAGAAUGACUCGGAUUUAUUGAAGUCAGUGUGUGGAGAUUUUGUCAGGAUGUGGUCACAAAAAUAGGAUUUUCCAAGAGAAAGGAGAUUGUCCUAAAUGUCCUCUGUCAGAAUAGCUUCCAGCGGAGGAAUACUAAUUACACACAUGCGGACACACCAGAGUUCUCUUGGAAGCCAAACGAACUUCUCAGAAGUAUUUUAGUAAAUCACGUUCAUAUUCCUUGCGGAAAACGCCCCUAUGACUGCUCCGUCUGCCAAAAGAUUUUCAUACGGAAAAUAAAUUUGCAAAUGCGCAAAAGCGGAUUCACAGUGGAGAAACUCCUUACGAAUGCCCCGUGUGCUAGAAGAACUUCGCACAGAAAUGUACAUUAGUAAGACACAUGAGGAUUCACAGCAGAGAACGUCCUCAUGAAUGUUCCGUGUGCCAAAAGAGCUUCUUUGCUAGAAGUGCUUUAGAAAGGCACAUGGUGAUUCACAGUGGAGAACGUUCCUCACGAGUGCUCAUUUUGCCAUAAAAGCUUCUUCCGGAGAAAUUCUUUAGUAGUGCACAUGUGGAUUCUCAGCGAAGAACAACCUCACGAAUGUUCCGUGUGCCAGAAGAGGUUCUCACGUAAACGUUAUUUAAUCUCACACAUGCAGAUUCACCCCGAAGAACAUCAUUAUGAAUGCACUUAUGUGCGCUAAAAGAGCUUCACAACGGAAAAAUGUUUAUCUGCGCACUUCCGGAUUCACCGUAGAACGACUUGAAGCAUGUUUUGUGUGCCAGAAGAGGUUUGUUAAGAAAGGUUAUUAAAUCACACACAUGCGGAUUCAUAACAAUGAGUGUCCCUUCAAAUACUCUGACUACCAACUUUUCAAAGAGGAGCAGUUUAAUAAAGCACUUGCGGAUUCACAGUAAAGAACGUCCCUACGAAUGUUUUGACUGCCAAAAGAGAUUCUCAGAUAGAAGUAAUUUAGUUAGGCAUAUGCGGAUUCACAACAGAGAACGCCCUCGCUGUGUUCCGCAACAUAAUAGCUAUAAGAUGAAAAUGAUGUAUAAUAAUGAAAUGUUUUGAAGAAUUGUUUUAGAGCAGUUCAGAGUUAAAACAUAUCCCACCAUCAUAUUG